AUGACCCAAUUCAGCUUUCUGCUGUUUCUCAUUGUGGCCAGCAGAGGAUGCAGUGCUGAUGGCAUGAGCUCCCAGACAGGGAGGCUCGGGCUGGUUCUCUCCACAGAUGGCCUGUAUUUCCUCCGGGCCAAGGAUGGUGCCGUCUACCAGACCUUCUGUGACAUGACCUCUGCGGGUGGUGGCUGGACCCUGGUGGCCAGUGUGCACGAGAACAACAUGGCUGGGAAGUGCACGGUGGGCGAUCGGUGGUCCAGCCAGAACCCUGGCUACUACGACAUCCAGGCUGCGGACCUGGGCAUCUGGCAUGUGCCCAACAAGAGCCCCAUGCAGAAUUGGCGGAACAGCUCUCUGCUGAGGUACCGCACCAUAACUGGCUUCUUCCAGCAUCUGGAAGAUAAUCUGUUUGGCCUCUACCAGAAAUACCCAGUGAAAUAUGGAAUAGGAAAGUGUUGGACUGACAAUGGUCCUGCGAUACCUGUGGUCUACGAUUUUGGCGAUGCUCAGAAAACUGCAGCGUAUUACUCACCCUAUGGCCAGCAGGAAUUCACUGCAGGAUUUAUCCAGUUCAGAGUAUUUAAUAAUGAGGGAGCAGCCAAUGCCUUGUGUGCCGGAAUGAGGGUCACCGGAUGUAACACUGAAUUUCACUGCAUCGGUGGAGGAGGGUACUUCCCAGAGAGUGAUCCCUAUCAGUGUGGAGACUUCUCUGCUUUCGACUGGAAUGGAUAUGGAUCUCAUGCUUCUUACAGCAGCAGCAGGGAGAUAACAGAGGCAGCUGUGCUUCUCUUCUAUCGUUGAGAACUUCAGACGACGGGACCCAGAGCUCUUCUCUUAAUCAUGCAGUCCUAAGGAUGGAG